AUGAAAGAAAAUAUAAAGAUACUGUACAUACAUGGAUUUCACGUAUUUGGAGAAAGCAAAAAGAAAGAACUUCUCGAAAAUGCAGUAGGCAAAAAGAAUUUGAUGGUAUCCAGUAUAAAUCAGAAGCGCAGUAUCAGUUCAUUUAUAUUAUUCCUUCUAUUUAUACUUUGUGUUAUGUUAUUUAACAUUUAUGUGUCCUACAAGUUUUCCGAUCUUUUAUUUUUUUUGAUAACUGUGAUAUUAUCGGUUAUCAUACUUAUAGUUAUAUAUCUCAUCGGAUCUAAUUUAAUUCUUUAUUAUAUAAUGAAAAAAUCAAUUAAGCAAGCAGAACAAAAGGUGCAAUUAUAUAACCCUGAUGUUAUCGUCGGAAUUUACUUCGGGGCUGUGGUGGCUAUGAAUCUCAAUUACAAGAAUGGGAAGAAACCCCUCAUUCUUGUAUCCCCUUCUGUGAAGACAUUUCAAAAAUUUACGCAUAACUUAGAAACAGAUUUGUCCACAUUUCCAUAUGUAAUAAUUGUGCAUGGAUCAAGGGACACAACAACCCCCAUAAGUGUUUGCAACAAGUUGAUUUCUUCAAUUCCUUUGGGAAAAGGAAGACUGGAAAUUAUAGAAGAUGAUCAUUCUUAUUCAAAGUUAAAGGAAUCCGAUUUUAAGGCAUGGAUUAAAGAAGCCAAUUAUACUCCAUCAACGAGUGCAGUUCACGUUGCAAAGAAAUUGAAGGAUGAACCGAUUGGACAAAAUAUUCGAAUAAACACAGAAACCCUCAGUGAAUCUUCUUCCUUCGAAAAUUACAAUGCUAGAGAAGACGACCCCUUGGUUUGA